UAUCGGACAGCCUAUCAGUCGGCUAACCCAGAGCAAAUUUUUAGCAUGGUAACACAUGAGACUCCGGAGACAUUUCACGUUGGUCGACUUAUCGAAUGUCGCGUGGUUUCAGUGGCUACACGUCGUCCUCGCCGUGAACAGCUGGAUAACGCUAACCCAACAAAGAAUGAAAUUAACGGUCUAUGGAUGUGCCCUUUUUGCCGUCGGGAUAACUUUCAGUUUCUCAAUCACGUAUGGAGCCAUUUUGACAACAACGAGUGUCCCGGUCAGGCUGUUGGCCUCCGCGUAGAGUUUGACAAUGGGAUUGUUGGUUUCAUUCCUCUGAGGAAUACUGAUCCUCCAUUGGAAAAACUGUUCGAAAGAGCAUUUCCUGGUGCUUUAAUAAAGUGCCGCGUCGUGAAGAUAGAUAUUACCAAAUUCAACGUAGAACUGACUUGCAAGAAGUCAGAUUUAAAAGAUGAGCGGCAUAUGUGGAGACCCCGACCGGAUCCGUUCUACGAUUAUGAAGCCGAGGAGCGUGAUGCUUUUGCAGAGGAAGCCGAGAAGGCGAAAGCCAAGGAAAAAUCUGUUUCCUAUCUAUCCAGAGUGAUAUUCCAUCCUUACUUCAAGAAUAUAAGUUACGAUCAAUUGAUUUUAAUGGAACCAGAUAUGGAGCCAGGUAGCAUCGUCAUCCGGCCCAGCAGAAAGGGCACCGAUCACCUCACUGUUAGUUGGAAGGUGGAUGACGGUAUUCUUCAACAUAUCGAUGUGACCGAACGGGAAAAGACGAACAGUUUCUCCUUGGGCAAAUUGCUCAUCAUCGGCGACGAGGAAUUUGAAGAUUUGGAUGAAAUUGUCGCUCGUCAUGUACAGCCGAUGGCUUCCCUCGCACGCGAUGUAAUGGCCCAUCGGUAUUAUCGCGACUCUUCGGGGGGCGAUAGAACCCUGCUGGCGUCAUUGCUACAACAGGAGAAAAAUAUCAACCCUGAUCGCAUUCCUUACUUCCUUAGUGCCACAAAGGAGCGUCCCGGCUACUUUUUGCUGGCCUACAUGCCGAACAAAACCCCUCACUUUGAAAUGUUCUCUGUGCGUCCUGAAGGAUUCCGAUUCCGACGUUUGCUUUUCCCAAUUCUAGAACGUAUGGUUACUUGGUUUAAGGAACACUACAAUGACGCCGCAAGUCUAGUCACACAAUAAAUAUUUCAAUACCCUGUACAUGCAACCAUUGUUUGUUUUGUGUUUAGAUUGUACUUUUUAUACUCACUCAACGCCAAUGACUCGGUAACCAGAAGUGUGCUGCUCAUCAUGCUCAAACCCUGUGGAUUGUGUAAUUGGAGCGAAAUUCAACCAACAAAUAGGCAUAAAAGUGGCACACAUGGGACAAUCCUGCACGUACGCCACUUCCGCACUUAUGUUCCCCUUUCCUACUGACAACCAAUUGCAACUGUCAUUGUGAAGUACGACGACGAUUACAAGUGAACUGGUUGUCAUCCUCGAGCUGCUAACGUUAUACUGGAUAGGGAGUAUAAACACAGUGAACUGACGCACGUGCGGAGGAGUUCCGCAUGUUUGGCUUCUACGUUUCUUCGUUCGCUGAAAUUCCAUCCGGCCACGCAAUCUCCAGAAUAUGAGUACAGGAAACAGCAAAGCACAACUGGAGUGUAGCGCCUUCCGUCUGAACGGCUAUUCAAUGCCAGCAAACAUUUUCUUUGUGUUAUUUCCCUGUUUGUUUCAAUAACGCUAUUGUAAAUUGUGGUCUUUUGACGGAUACAUUCUGCACUAUUUCUAAUGUACGUCUGGUUCACACAUUAUCCCUAUCUGUAAAGAAGGGAUACGCUAAGCGAACAAUCGAGGCGCCCAUCGCCGUUAUGGAGCCAAGGAGCCAAACUCACCCGCAUUGAUUGGGGCAAACAGAUAGCCAACCGGGUGAAGCGGCCAAUUAACACUAGAGUGGCAUUCCUUGAUUGGCCGUAAGUUGACCCUUUCCACGUGAGCUCUAAAUACUAUUCAUGAAUUUUCGACUUUAUUUUUACAAUGAACGGUGUGGUUGGCUAAUACACCCCUGUUCCUUUGUCCGUCCGA